UUUUUUUUUUCAUUCACAGUGUUUGACUGUAUUCUUUUAUUUGACUCUACUCUACCAAUUACUCACACAUGAUGAGUACAACAGCUUUUUUAAAUACAUUGAAAAAAUACGAUUUACAACAGUAUUAUCCUGAUUUACUAUCCAAAGGCGUACCCACACUCGAUUAUUUAUCACAGCUGUCCAUGCAAGAUUAUUCAAAGCUUGGUGUACGCUCCAUAGAUGAUAAGAGAAAAUUUAUGGAACUUGCUCACGAAGUGAAAUUACAACAGCAACAACGCCAGCAGCGUCAGAAAAAGGAACAACAGUUACAACAUCAAGUACGGAAACAGCGUUCACCAAUAUCCCUAACUGAACAACAAAAGAAACGAGCUCCCAGCAAGUUACCUAGCCCUGAUCGAAAAGCUAGGCGGUUGACACUUGGAGCACCAGCUACACAACAGGUACAACAUCAUCAGCAACGACAAGUUUUGACAACUCCCAUACCAAGAACUGCCAUCAAUCGACAAGAUACUUCACCUAGUAUCAAUCGACGACUUUCCUAUGCACCUUCAAGACAUACACAUCAAGUUUCACCGUUACGUAACAACUUUCAGCAAACUUUACCAAGAAACACCAUCAACCGACAGGACACUUCACCUAAUCUCAAUCGACAACUUUCCUAUGCGUCUUCAAAACAUACACAACAAGUUUCACCAGUACGCAACAACCUUCAAACAAUACGUAACAACUUCCAUCAAAAUUUAUCAAGCGACUUGCAACAACGAAUACGUGUAUGUGUUCGUAAACGACCACUCAGUAAGAAAGAAUUAUCCAAUGGUGAAAGUGAUAUAUCUCAACUUGUUGGUGCUCAUACUAUCCAAUUGAAUGCUCCAAAAACGCGUGUGGAUCUUACUCGAUAUACUGAACAACAUUCUUUCACAUUUGAUGAAGCAUUUGACUCGGAUUCAUCCAAUCUUGAGAUAUAUCAUCGGACAGCAAAACCUUUGGUACACUAUGUAUUUGGUGGUGGCAAAGCAACUUGUUUUGCAUUUGGACAAACUGGCUCGGGAAAAACUUAUACCAUGUUGGACCCUGAACAUGGUCUUUAUAUUAUGGCUGCCAAAGAUAUUUUCGAAAUGCUGGAAGAUCCUGAAUAUCAACACCUUUCAGCCUCUGUUGGAUUCUAUGAAAUAUAUCAAGGUAAACUCUACGACUUGUUAAAUCAACGCAAACAACUUAUUCCUCGAGACGAUGGUAACAGUAAUGUGGUGAUUGCUGGUUUACGUGAACAUCCUAUUUGCGACCUAGAUCGAUUAUUACAAAUCUUUGAUUUUGGAAAUCGAUCAAGAACAACGGGAAAAACUGGUGCCAACGACAAUUCAUCACGGUCUCAUGCGGUAUUGCAAGUUUUAUUGAAGGACACAUUAGCUGAUAGUAUCCAUGGCAAACUUAGUUUUAUCGAUUUGGCAGGAAGUGAACGUGGGGUGGACCGAGGUGAUGCCAAUACAAAGACAAGGUUGGAAGGUGCAGAAAUCAACAAAAGUCUUCUAGCUUUGAAAGAAUGUAUUCGUGCUCUUGAUCAAGAUAAAAAACAUACACCAUUCAGAGGAAGUAAGCUUACCCAGGUUUUACGGGACUCUUUUGUCGGUGAUUCUCGAACAUGUAUGAUAGCAACUAUUUCACCAAACCAUUCCAAUAGUGAACAUACACUCAAUACUUUACGAUAUGCUGAUCGUGUGAAAGAAUUGAAAGGCGAAUCAGAUCCAAGAUUACAAGCGGAAUCAUCACCACAACAAGAUACACAGCAGGAUGAACAUAUAGAUGACUCAUAUCAAAGACAAAAUAGCAGUAGUCAACGGGACGAUGCUCAAAGCGUGGCAACAUACGAUGCUCUUUGGGAUGAAGAUGUGACGGAAAAUCUAAUGGAUGUCGAUUUUCCCUUGGAUACAACCAGCAACGGAGCAAUGGGAACACCUCGAACACAACGAACUUGGAUUGGAUCAACAACACCACAUCGACAGGAAAACUAUCUUCGAAGGUUAUCAUCACCACCUGAGGAAUUUUUCAAACAACCACCCGGAGAUGGUCCUUUCAAAUCAGAAAAUUCCAAUACUUCUCCUUCACCAGGCAGUCCGCAACAACUUUAUCGUUACUCAAAUGAUCAUAUCAAAUCAGCUCCUCCAUCAUCACCCUCUGCUACACGUAAAACCUCUACCGUAGCAUCUAUACCUGGACCUUCUGGUACAUCUAACGAGGAAUAUUACGAUGCCAGCGAAUCACCACAAAAUAAAACAACAAUACCACCACCAUCAUCAUCAUCAUCAUCAUUAUUCACUCCUCCAUCAAUUACACCUGCUACUGCGGAUUCUAAUGGCAAUGAUCAAGUAUCUGUGGAACAUAUACGUGAUUUUGUCCGAUUACAUCGAGCUCAAAUCAAAGAAUUGGAAGAUUGCAUCAAACAAGAAAAGAGGAUGAUUGCCAGAUUGACAUUGACAGUAUCCAGCUACCAUGAUUUCAAUGAAGAAGAUGACCGUUUGAAUGCUAUCAAGGUGAUGACUGACAAUGGUAAGAAAGUGACCACUGAAUACGAAAAUUAUUUGAAUGAUUUGGAUGAUAUCUUGGAACGUAAAGUAGCAUGUGUAGACGCAUUGAAAGAUAGGGUCAAAGCUGAAUUAGGGGAUGAAGAAUUAGAUGAUGAUUGAAAAUAUUAGAUAUUUAUUUAGUUAAGAUAAGAUUAUAUCAAUUGUUAUAUACUUUUUUUUUUUAAUAAUAAACCUCUCCUUCUUUUGAAAUAUC